CACCCGGCCCGGCGGUAAGAUGGCGGCGGCAGCCGAGUGCGAUGUGAUCAUGGCGGCGCCCGAGGGACCCGGCGAGCCCGAGAGCGAGGAGGAGGCGCGCAGAGAAGCAGAGUCCUUCAAGGAGCAAGGGAACGCUUACUACGCCAAGAAGGAUUACAACGAAGCGUACAACUAUUACACAAAAGCCAUAGACACCUGUCCUAACAAUGCCAGUUAUUAUGGUAACAGAGCUGCCACCCUCAUGAUGCUGGGGAGAUUCCGAGAAGCACUGGGAGAUGCUCAGCAGUCUGUCAGAUUGGACGACAGCUUCGUAAGGGGCCACCUGCGGGAAGGGAAGUGCCACCUCUCCCUGGGCAACGCCAUGGCUGCCAGCCGCUGCUUCCAGCGCGUUUUAGAACUGGAUCACAAGAACACUCAGGCACAGCAAGAGCUGAAGAAUGCCAGUACAGUGCUGGAGUAUGAAAAAAUAGCAGAAGUGGAUUUUGAGAAGCGAGAUUUCAGGAAGGUUGUGUUUUGCAUGGAUCGUGCUCUGGAGUUUGCUCCUGCUUGUCACAGAUUCAAAAUCCUCAAGGCUGAAUGUUUAGCACUGCUGGGUCGUUACCCAGAAGCACAGUCUGUAGCAAGUGACAUCUUACGGAUGGACUCGACGAACGCAGAUGCUCUGUACGUCCGCGGCCUCUGCCUUUAUUAUGAGGACUGCAUUGAGAAGGCAGUGCAGUUCUUCGUCCAGGCACUCAGAAUGGCUCCUGACCACGAGAAAGCGUGUUUAGCCUGCCGUAAUGCCAAAGCACUUAAAGCGAAGAAGGAAGAUGGGAAUAAAGCAUUUAAAGAAGGAAACUACAAACUAGCUUAUGAACUGUACACAGAAGCACUAGGAAUAGAUCCUAAUAACAUAAAAACAAAUGCCAAACUCUACUGCAACCGGGGGACGGUUAAUUCCAAGCUUAGGAAACUCGAAGAAGCGAUAGAUGACUGCACGAACGCAGUAAAGCUGGACGAGACGUAUGUUAAGGCGUACUUGAGGAGAGCACAGUGUUACAUGGACACAGAGCAAUACGAAGAUGCUGUAAGAGACUAUGAAAAAGUUUAUCAGACAGAAAAAACAAAAGAACACAAACAGCUUCUAAAGAAUGCACAGAUGGAACUGAAAAAAAGCAAGCGGAAAGACUACUACAAAAUCCUUGGGGUCGACAAGAACGCCUCUGAAGAUGAGAUCAAGAAGGCCUACAGGAAAAGAGCACUGAUGCAUCAUCCAGACCGCCACAGUGGGGCGAGUGCAGAAGUACAGAAGGAAGAGGAGAAGAAGUUCAAGGAGGUUGGUGAAGCCUUUACCAUCUUGUCAGACCCCAAGAAGAAGGCUCGCUAUGACAGUGGGCAGGAUCUAGAAGAAGAUGGGUUGAACAUGGGAGACUUCGAUGCAAAUAAUAUAUUUAAGGCCUUCUUUGGAGGGCCGGGAGGCUUCAGUUUUGAAGGUAGGUGGAGGCGCCCUGCUGCUGGUGUUGGAGCUGGUAAGUGCUCAGAUUGCUUCACCCGGCAGCAGAGGCUCCCCAGCUUCGCUGUGCCGACGGAGAAGAGCGUGCUGCUGAGCUCCCUUCAGUCCUCAGCUGCGGUUGGGCUUCGUGCAGCGCUGCACAGCUCUCAGCACUUUCCCAGUGCAUUAGGCCAUGUGAGGAGCUGUGCGUUGUUAGGUUUUGUUGUGUGUUUGGGGCAGUCCUGCAUGGUUCUUGCACCAUUGGCUUUCGUCCUUGUCAGCUCGCCUGCAGAGCCUCCCUCGCCCGUGUUGUCAGCGGUCCUCUCUUACCUCUUGGGAUUCAGCUGCUGGAGAUGCGUGGGACGGAUCUCCCCUACCUGCCCAGAUGGCUUUGUUCAGUUACUGGCCUGGCAUCGGGCCGUUGCAGCCUGCUGUUCGACCGCCCUGUCUUUGAACUAACAUCUUUCGUUUUCUUUUUCAGCUUCUGGGCCUGGGAAUUUCUUUUUCCAGUUUGGCUAAAACACACACACCUGCUCUGCUGCUUUUAGCCUUCAAUACGGACAUACUUAGACUCCUUCCUCCAUCAUGUCUCAUUGUACUUAGAGCAGUUUCAUUUCUCUCGGUUGGAGACCUCAGUUUGUGUGCGUUUGUGUGUGAAGAGGAAACCAGCUCGGGGAAGGGAAGGCUUGUGGAUUUUGUUUUACUGUUAACUUUAUUAAAAAAGAAAAUAAUAAAGCUUUGAAUCUGUUGGUCCCUCCAUGCUGGCCCGUGCUUUCAGGCUGCUCCUCGGCACAGAGGAUUUCCCGGAGUCCUCGUGGAAUUCUGCCGUGUUCUGUUCUGGCUGCACAGCACAGCAUGGCAGCAUCUCAGCUCUGUAGGAGCUGCUCCGUUCUCUCACCUCUCUGAAAACGUUGCCAGCGUUCCCUCAGACCUCACGCGAUGGCAUCUCGCCGGCCAGCUCUCCUGGGCUCCUUUCUGUGCCGUGGUUCUCCCAGAACGGUCGCUUGGACUCGGUCAGUAACGCGUGAGCUGAGCGGUUGUGCGUCAGAGAGAAACGGAUUUAAAAGAGCAGCUGCUGUGGGAGCGCCUGUGGUGCAGCUGAGGCUGAGGGCUUUGCGUCCUGCGCCAGGAUUUUCCUCUUGAAGACGAUGUGGGAUUUGCUCUGGGCUUGAAUUUUUUCACCGUGUGUUUUUUCCUUUCAAUUAAUCCACUUGAACUCUUCAUAGCCGCGCUGUGAACUCGGUUCUGUUGGGUUUGAAAUCGUCACGUUAGACUUUGUGUUGCUGAUCCGUAGUGUGGAUGAACUCCUCUUAGCCUUGAAGAAACGCGAAGUGAUGUUCAGGUCGUUGCUGAAGUGGUUCCUGUGCAGCAGUGCGAUCUCAUCGCCGUCACAAGGACUCUCCCUUAUGACAAAGCAGAGGAGUGGCUCUCAAAUAGUAACGUCAAUAGUCCAAAGGAGCAAGAAAAUGCAAAGUCCCCCCCUGGGCUGGCAGCCUGCCCCUUGCUUCUCUUGCACGGCGUGUGCAGAGCUCUCGGCUGGGUGCUGCAGCGCAGAGCUGACAGCCUGGAGCUGGACGUGGUUUUGUUGGCGUGGCGCUGCUCUGUCGCUCAGCACAGCCGCCGUGGGCUCUGCUGGGGAAGGGCUCAGCUUCCACAGCUCUUCCCGCUUCCCUGGAAAGCAGAGGAUCUCUGCCACAGGUGCUCUGUUGAGCCCUCGGGUGCCGCUGGGCGCCUCGGGCUGCAGGCGGUGCUGCGCUUUGCAGGGGCUGAGCGGGGCUGCGUGCGCUGAGAGCUGAGGCUGAGCAGCGCAGAGCUGAGGUUGGUGUGGGUGGGAAAGCAAAGUUCCUGCCUGCGAGCUCUUUUCCUGAGGAGGAACCUGACCCUGUUGUAUCAUCUCUGCCUCGGCUUCUACUGCAGGAGCAAAAAUUACAAUCAAUGAAUUGCACAGAAUGAUUCCUUCAGAUGCUGACAUCUUUGUCUUCCUUCCCGCUGAGGCUGCGCGUGCCCUGGGCUGCUGGCCUGGACUUCAGCAGUUGGUGCUGCUGAGUACGUUGGGUUUGGUCGGAACUUCUGACAAUCUGCUCUCACAGAGGGAAGAUUUAAGGGCUUCAAUUUGAGUGCUGCAAAAUAAAGGCAGCGUUUUACAAUCGCUCUGGAGGCAGCUUUUGAAGUGAGCCAACGUGAAGUAAUAUUCCUAAAAACAGACGUUUGCUGAGCGUCCUUCGUGUCGGUGCAGGGUGACGGAUUGACCCGGGUUGCACUGAGAGCAAAAUGAGAUCCUGCAGUUUUCAGAUGAAUAGCAGGGACCCCAAACUCUGCCUGUGCUCACUGAGACCUCCCAGCUCCCGCAGCUCUGCGCAGUCACAGCUUGCAGGACUGAUUUCAGCGUGGCGUUGCAGCUUUGCGGUGCGUUGUCCUGUGUGUCAGCAAUUGCUGCACAGCUCGGCCUUCUGUCAGCACGCAGGGAUGCGCGCUGCGUUCAGCACUGCGCUGGUUGCGAUGGCUGUUGGUGUUUCUGCCUCCCUGCUGUGCCCUCCUCUCCCAGCUGGGUUUGAGGCCGUUCCUCAGAGGGCAGCAAUGGAGCGGCUUCGUCUCUGGGCGAGGGAAUGUGCGCAGAUGUUUAUGAAGCUGCAGGUGAAUGCAUGAUUUAAAAUAGUUAAAUAUUACUGUGGUGAGUGCCAACGCGUCUCUGAGGAGUGCUGCUGUGUGGAUGGAGCUGAAGAAGGGCUCUGCCCCUCCUGCAGCCCCCCGGGUUCGCCGUCGCCCCGUGUCGCAGUGCUGCAGGUGUGGGCGCCGCGGGGCGACCUCCAGAUCUCUGCGUUGGUGUUUGGGAGAUGCUUGCAUGUGCGCACAGCUGACCUCCAGGCCCUCGGGUCUGCUGUGUUUAUUUAUUUCUUUUCCCUGUGUGAUUUGCUUUCCGUAUCUGACGCAGUUUCAGCUCCAGCUUCUGCACGGAGCGCUGCGCGUCCCUUCGGGGUGCGGCCCUGGGCCUGAAGUUGGCUUUGGAAACCGUCCCGCUGCUUCUGGCUGCCCCUUUUGACAGGCUUUUCCAAUUGUCUGCUAUCCAUGCUACCUAGGGAAGCACAUGGCUUUGUUUGUGUACUUGGAAGUGUUGCUGUAAAGCUGGAUCUCGUGUGCUGAUGGCUUCUGACUGUUCUGUAAAUACUUGCGUUAGUGCAGACUGGGUGAGUGGCGACAGUUUGGGGACAGCAGUGUGAAAUAGCUGUGCAAUAUUGUGAGUCCCCCGGAGCUUUCUGUAUCCGGGAUGCAGAGCAGCAGCGGCCCGCUCUGCUCAUUCCCAGCAGGAGAGCCCUGGCCUCGCGAUGGGGGCUGUGCUCUGCGGCGCUCUGAAAGCUCUGGAAUGGCCAAAAGUCUGUGCAGGGCUUUGCCGGUCCUUCCAGUUCACUUCCUCGGUUUAGUAGCUGAGAUGUUCACUUGUCUUCAAGUGGAUGGGCUUUAAACGCGUGCCUUGUACCCUCCCCCCCCGUAGGGAAAAGGACGGCUGUGCGCGGCCCCCGUUGAGUUCCUCCCGUAGUGCUGAGGUCUGUGUGUUCCGUGGCAGCAGAGCUGCGCCCAGCCGUGCGAGGGGCGUCCCGCUCCCGGAGCUGAGACCCGGGGCUUUCCCCAGGGAAGCCGCUUCCCGGGAGCGGUGCCGUGUCGGCUCCGAAGCGAUGCGCUCCGCUGCGGCCGGGGAGGGGAUGGGGAUGUGGGAUCGCCGGAGCAGCGCUGGGCAGUUUGUGCCUGUGCUGGGCUGAGCUGAUGGAGGAGCUCUGCGGGAGCUGUGAGGGCGCUGAGAGGCGCGGAGUGCGAAGCUGCGUUAGGGAGAGCGGCAGCGCUGGGCUGUGGGGGCCGUGCGCGCUGCCUCUGCCCGGGUUUGUGAUCCGGCUGCAGCUCUGGCACAGCCAACCUUUCUGCGUUGCUCUGCCUCGCUCCCCGCUUUCACGUACAAAUUCCUGCUUCAAAGGAGAAAACCAGGGGAGGCGGCGCUGGGGGUGCAGCAGCCCGAGCAGCUUCACGGCAUGCAGACGUGCUUUGUUGUGAAGCGGUUCGGAGCAGCCGAGACAGAAGCAGAGACUGGUGGGAAGCCGACUUGGAGAGGGCCGCCCUAUUUAUCCAAAUCCCAACUCUGAAUGUUUACCUCGGUGUAAAACCUUUCCUGGGGGAGGAAAGGAGUCCUGCAUGGAGCACCCGAACCCCGAGCGCUUUGCCAAACGCCUCUCCAGGGCGGCUUCACAGCGGGGCCAGCGCUGUCCCUCUCCGGACCUUUACCUUUCUAGGAUGUGAAUGGUAACAAUGUGAAUAUUUGUUGUUUACUUCAUUAGGCAUAAUUCAUAAUGCUGUGUUUAUAUGGAGAAUAUCACAGACUGAAGCAAAAACCGUAUGCAAUUGGUUUACUUUAUUAUAAACUGUAUAUGAUGUACAAACUAAUAAAAAGGUCGAUGAGGA